AACACGGUGGAGAGGGAACGUCUCAGUGUCUUCGUCUGGUCUGGCAGCAGAAAUCCCUGUGAUGGGCUGCGGAGUCUGACACUUCAUUCUCCCGACUGAUCCUCGAACCUCACACUGCCAUGUACAGCAGCGGAUACUCCGUGGUGUCCAAGCACGGGCUGCAGGCCCAGAAGAAGAAGUACCGGUCAAAGGGCAAGAGCUGCGGUUACUACAUGCGCAUCGUCUUCUUCUUCUCGUCUCUCAUCCAGUCGCUCAUCAUCAUCAGCCUGGUGCUGUUCCUCAUCUAUGGCAAGAAGCAGGACUCGCCCUCCACCUCCCGCAUCCAGGACCUGGAGGAGUCCUUCAGCCGACUCUCCAUCGAGAAUGUGGCCUUGAAGCAGCAGAGGAAGAACCGGACCAACCUGCUCAACGCCACGCUGACCGAGAAGGCCCGGAACGACUGGGACCUGAUGAGAUGCAGAUUCAUCUCCAAUGUCUCCUCCACCAUCAUUCAGAACCUGGACAGGGACCUGCAAAAAUGUAACCGGGACCUGGCGACACUACAAAUGAAGAUCCAGCUUUCUGCCCAAUGUCAACCCUCCACAUUCAGCUUUCAGGCGAUUGGCGGCGGCUGUAACUGUGGCCACCAGAAUGAUCGUCUGAAGGCUGAACUUGAACUUCUGAAUUCCAACUUCACCCAGACGACAGAGAUCUUGAGGACUGACAAAGAGCGGAUCUCCAGAGAAAGAGACGACUACAGACUAGAGUCCAUCCAACUGAGGAGAGACAAGGCGACGCAUGAGAAGACGCUGGAGUUCGCCAGGUUCAAGUGUAAAGAGGACUUUGUUCGCUCGCUCAGCGGAAUUUCCAAUGUGUCAAAAGCCUUCCUUCAGAAGGUCGAGUCUCUCUUCACCGGCAUUCCCUUCCACAUCACCUGCAACAAGCAGAGAGAAUACCUGGAGCAGAUCAACUACAACUGCACCAGUCUGUCCAGGGACGUGGAGGACAAGUUCCAGCAGUACCUGAACAAUGUGGGCGAGCAGGUGGCCAGCAUCCAGCUGGAGAACAGCCGCCUGAAGGCUGAGAACCAGCGGCUGUUCGCAGACUACCGCUUGUGCAACCAGAACCGCACUGGGAUGAUCCUGCAGCACCGAAAGAACCUGGAGGAGGUUCAGCGCAAGAACGACCUGGAAAAGGAAGAGCUGAUUCUGGAGAAGAAGAAACUGAAUGGACAGAAGGAAGUUCUGGAGAGCAGCGUCAAACUGAAAGCCACAGAAGUGCAACACCUGAAAGAGCAAAUCAAUCUGCUCAACAGCACCUGCAGGGCUGGUGGGAUUUUCGGAGGGUCAAGACUGGGCCAGUCCAACACGUGGAACAACGGCGGAGGAUCCAGUUCUCCUGGUUUUAGCCAGAAUAGUCGAGGUGGAUUAGGCUCUAGUAGCUUUGGGUCAAAUUCAAGGUUUGGUUCGACUGGGUUCGGGCUCAAUAGGCAAGGAUCUACAGGAUUGGGUUCCACUGGCAUUGGGUCUGUUGGGACCAAUUCAAAUUUUGGGUCAGCUGGGACUGGGUUAAAUAAACAGAGCUCACCAGGGUUAGGCUCCACGAGCAUCGGGUCAACUGGAUCCGGGUCAAGCUUCGGUUCCAUUGGAUCCGGGUUGAAUAAGCAGAGCUCAACUGGGUUAGGUUCCACAGGCUUUGGAUCAACAGGAUCCAGUUCAAAUUUUGGUUCGACUGGAUUAAAUAGACAGAGCUCAACUGGGUCAGGCUCCACAGGCAUUGGAUCAACAGGAUCCAGUUCAAAUUUUGGUUCGACUGGAUUAAAUAGACAGAGCUCAACUGGGUCAGGCUCCACAGGCAUUGGAUCAACAGGAUCCAGUUCAAAUUUUGGUUCGACUGGAUUAAAUAGACAGAGCUCAACUGGGUCAGGCUCCACAGGCAUUGGAUCUACAGGGUCCAGCUCAUAUUUUGGUUCAACUGGAUCUGGGUUAAACAGACAAGGAUCUACAGGACUGGGCUCCACAGACGUUGGGUCAAAUAAGCAGAGCUCAACUGGGUUAGGUUCUUUAGGUUUUGGGUCGGCUGGGUCUAGCUCAAGUUUUGGUUCAACAGGGUCCGGGUUAAAUAAGCAGAGCUCAACAGGGCUGGGGUCUUCCAGCCUGGGGCUUAACAAGCAAGGGUCCACUGGGUCGGGUUCUGCAUCCUCUAGCUCCAGUGAAACAAGUCUGAACAAACAAGCAAGCAGCGGGAGGAGCUCCUCAUUUGGGUCCACUGGAUCAAGCACAAGUCAGAGUUCAACCGGGACCAGUUCUAGUAAAGAAACUGAGUCAACAAGCUCAACAAGUAGAAGCUCCGGAUUUUCCUGGUUCGGGUUAGGAUCCAGCAGCAGUAAACCCAGUACCGGAUCUGGAACUGGAACCGGAUCUGGAACUGGGACUGGAACUGGAACUGGGACUGGAAGGGGAUCAAGUGGCUCUUCAUUCAGCCUGGGAACAAGAACAAGCAGCUUCGGAGGCGGCUCAGUCAGUGUCGCUCAACAUCUUCAAGACCUGCAGCGGAUCAUCAACCCAUCAGCACCUCAGGAGAAACAGGAGCUGUCUCACAUGCUGGGUUAGUCCAGCCAACCACUGUCCUUCCCCGUCCUAAAAGAAGUGUAUAAGCUGUUUGCAUAAAUGUGCCGUAUUUAAACCAUGUUUAUACAGAAGAAUCCACAUCUGAAUAAUCUUUUGCACUUUUUGAUAUAAACUGUGAAGUUUCUAUCACUUGUAUUUACCUAGUAUUUGAGUUCAAAUAAAAAAAUAAAAAAAAGCCUU